AUGCAGCCGUCACCGUUGAAAUUCGGAAUCGAGCGGAUCCUGGGGGCGGAGCUCGGCAAAAUGACGUCAUCGCCGACAUUUUCCAGCAGCUCGGGAAGUCCCCAAGCGCCGAGCCCAAGCUCCCUAUCGCCCAACUUUGUCGAUAACCGAGCCAUGUUCCCUGCUUGGGUCUUCUGCACACGAUAUUCGGAUAGGCCUUCUGCAGGUGGAGCGCAUUUUCGUGUUGAAAAAUGGCCGCGGAUCAAUUUUUAGCUAGAAAUAACUGUUUUGAGUUUUCUUGAAGAUUUCUUUAAAUUUCGAAUAGUUUGGACGUUUGGACUGAUGAUGAAAUAGCUAGAGACUUUGAGAGAGCUGGUGAGAGAGCGUGUAGAACUAAGAGAAGCAGAGAAACAGACCAAUUCCUCUCCUUCUCUGCGUCUCUUCGUGUUGAAGUGCUUUUCGCUUCCUUUGUCAAUUUCAGUUUAAUUUUUUCUCUUUAUUUUGAACUGACUCUUGGAGAGACCAGCUAGAGACAAGAGAAAUUGAAGAGAGGGCUAGAGAAGCAGACGAAUUGUUUGUUUCUCUGCGUCUCUUCAAGUUCAAUCACUCCCUCACUUUUCUUGUCGAUUUCAUUUUUAUUUUUCUGACUCUUGGGUAAAAUAGCUAGAGAGUAGGUAAAUUGAAGAGAGGUCUAGAAAAGCAGACAAAAUACUUGUUUCUCUGCGUCUCUUGAAGGUUGUAGCCUCUCUCGCUUUAUAGUCAAUUUUGAAGUAUUUUAUAUCCAUUUUUAAAUGUUUCUUGAACCAUCAAGUUGACUGGGCAGUUUUUAGGGCCGAGAAGUCGAAAGAUGCGAAAACGGGACUCAACCGGGAGCGGUUCGGAAGAGGAAAAAAGGCCCCGGACCGCCUUCACGCCCGAACAAUUGGACCGCCUCAAGCAACAGUUCCUCGAUAAUCGGUAAAUUUUCGGGGUUUCUGUAAAGUUCGGGCACUUUUUUGAAAAUGAACAGCUUUCUCUGUGAAAAUUUCCAGUGGCUUUGACGUUUUAGUGGCCACUAUAGUAGUCAAAUUAGUGGCCACUUGAGGGGAUUAAAUAUCAGUGGCCACUAUAGAGAUCUAAGCACUACUACUAGACCACUAAAAAUUCUAGUGAACACUUUAGGGGUCAAGGGAUCAUCAUAACUGGUCCAAUCCGCUUGUUUUAAAAUUAUCAGAGUUACUGGAAGGAAUACUGAAUGAAAAACUACUGAAGGGGCCACUAAAACAGAAGAUAGUGGCCACUAUAGAAGUUGGUUUAGUGGCCACUUUAGUGUCCCCUCCAAGUAGUCCUUGGCGAGCCUUUAUACCACUAAAAUUUUCCCAGUCUGUUUGAAAUUUCGAAUUUUCCCCUUUCUUGAAACUAUAAUUUUUUGUACCCUGGUUACCAUUAGCAUGCCAGUUGUUCAGUAAAUAAUUUUUAGUUUUUUUUUUUGAAUAGGACAACGCGAUAAUAUCAAAAAGUCAUCUCAUUUCUUUAUCUCGAAUCUUCGAAACUUAUGUUUUCAUUUUCACGUGGAUUGAUUUACAUCUUGACGCAUCAUUUUUAAGAUUCUCAUAGAAUGUAAACUUAUUCAUGAAAUAACGUUAUUAUUAUCAUCUAUAAGCUUCAAAUUUUGGAAAAAGAUUAUUUUGAACCAUUUUUAAUAUUUUGAUCAUGAUACUUAUCUUAAUAAUGAUCAUUACUAUUGCCGUGUUCAAAGUGAUUUCGCGAAAUUCAAAAUAGCCGUCAGAGAAAGAGAAAGAUAACUAAAUUUUGGAGGGUCAGAGACCAUUUUGCAUUUCGCGGAAAUUACUUUGAACACGGCAUAUAGCUCUUUGAUUUGGAAAAAAAAAGAGAUUUUUCGAAAUUUUUGCAGCAUGUGGUAAUGAUACUUUAUCUCGAUAGCUCCAAUUUUCGAAAAUUCAAAAACAAUUAGUUUUUCAGGUACCUCACCGAAAAACGACGCCAAGAACUCGCCCACGAACUCGGCCUCAAUGAGUCGCAGAUCAAAAUUUGGUUCCAGGUGGGUAAAAAAAAUGUUAUAUGAAGAAAAUUUGUUGGGUAGGAAUAGCUUCACUUUUGAUGACCAUGUGCGCUCCAUUGAGAAAUCCUGUAGUUUUAUGAAAUUUGAUCCCCUAAAAAAACUCGAAGAAAGUCAUUAAUCUGAGAUAAGAUUAAUUAAAUCAUCUAGAAAAGUGCUCUGAUCUUUUUAAAUAGGAUGAUUCAGGAAAGGUUUCUUGUGAUCAAGUAUCGUCGAAAGUUUUUUUUUCUGAAACCUCUUUUAAAAAAAAUUGUUGCAAAUUAAAAUAAAGUGGCGAUCUCUACUGAUACGUUUUCCAUUUUUUUUUCAGAAGAUAGGUCACCCAAAAAUUUUUUUAAAAAGUAAAUACACUGGCUUAAGGGAUUAGUCUGUGCUGUGAAUAAAUUGGAUCCGAUUAAAAUUUCACUUUUAUUUUUGAGUGUUUUAAUUUCAGGUCCCUUCCCCCAUUUUAACCUCCAAAAACUCUGAAAAUGGGUAAAUCUGUUUGAUUCAUGAGUCAAUAAUUUGAAUAAGUGUUUCUCAUUUAAUUAUUGAUUAAUGAGAAGUUUUAGUGUGUUCAAAUUUCAGUGUGCGAAUUAUUGACUAAUGAGAAAUCGCGCUUUUUCGCGCAAGUAUUUUAUUUUCAGCACCCAUGCGGAGCUAUUUUUAUUUUCUGUAGUUUUAACCUCCAACAACUCAAAAAUGGGUAACUCCUUCAAAAUCAAGUCGACCCCCACCCCCUUCGUGAAGCGUUUUCUGAAUCUCGUAUCUCCAGAAACUCAAAAAAUGGUUAAAUCUGUUAAAUUUAUGAGCCGUAUAAGUGUUCCUCCAUUUAAUUAUUCACUAAUUCACGACGAUAAGUGUUCCCGAUUUAGUUAUGGACUAAUGAGAAGUCGCGCGCUUUCUCCCUUUGAGGUGCGCGAAAAAGGCGGGCUGGUUUAUCGCGGUAAUUGAUCGCGACUGCGACGGCGACGAAAUUACAUGUGAAACGCCUAUCACAAACGUUCCAUCAGCCGUACCUUUUUCGAGCCUCGUUCGUCUUCCCUGAGACCUUUUUGGGAGUGGCGUUGAGAAAAAAUAGCCGCAGAAAAAUUCAAGAAGAUUGUAAGAAGUGGAAAAAUCUGGGUAAAAAGUGCUCCUAGAUCUUUAUUUUGAAAAUAGUUUUAUAAAAAUAACCUCUAAACUCACCAGAGAAUGGUCUCAUCUCACAGUGGGACUUCUGAAUGAGACCAUGAUUUCUAGAGGUAGUUUUUCAUUCUGAUUCCAAAUCUGGUCUCAAAAAAAGCUGUCGAGGAGCUCUGUGAAAAAAGUUAUGGACUCUCAAAUGUCGAAAAAUUUCAGUGUUUUACAUUUUUUUAAAAUGUAAAUCCUGUCCCUCUGAUCACGUAAAAUUCCUUUGAUUUCUUCUAAAAAAAUUUUGGAGCUCAGGUAUGAGUCAGUUUUGAAAUAGCCACGGAAUUGAAGAAUAAUAUUUACCACUUUUUUUCAAAAAAAUAAGUUGGUCCUAAAAUAAUCGCUCUUUAAAAAAAGGCACGAGAACUAGCUAAGAAUGUAAAAAAAUUCGAUUUUUUUCAAAAAAAUAAAAAAAUGAAAAAUUUUUCAUGGGAGGAGGUAGAUAGAAAAUACUGGAAGUUUGAAAUUUCAACAAUCGAAAGUUAUUUUUUGAUUUUUUUUUUAUGAAAUAAAGACUGAGAAAGGCUCGGAAAAAAUAGCCUCGCAAAAUUAGCUCUGUAAAAAAUAGCGGCGAAGGAUUUUUAGAUCUUAAUAAAAAAUGAUUUUCUCAUUUAUACUUUCGGUUGGACUACCCUAGUUUAUUGAAAAUUGAUUUUGAUUAUGAAAAUUUGACAUUUUCAUGAAACCGCAGUGUAGAGGAUCUCGAUUUUUCGGCUAGAAACUUUUUUUGAUGAUAAAUUCCAGGUGUGUUAGACUAAGGUUUCGAAAAGAAAAAAACCAGGCUUUCAGGUUGCUUUAUUGAGCUUUUUUCCGAGUUUUGAAGUCGGUUUUCUUUCUUAAGCAUUCCCUGAGCUAAUCCAAGGCUUCUAUGCACUUUCUUUGAAGUUUGGCUUUUUUUGAGCUAUCCCUAUCGAUUUCUUAGGCUUUUUUAAAGAUUCAAAAUGACAAGAACAGUGAAGGUGAGUAAGCUUUUUCAGGAAGCUUUCCUCGAGUUUCAAAGCCUCGUUUUUGUUCCUGACGUGGUUCUUGGGCUGCUUUAAAGCUCGAAAAGUUCCCUAUCAUUUUCUUAGACCUUUUUGAAAGUUGAAAACGGCAAGAACAUGAAAGAGUUCAGUUCCUUUAUCGAGCUUUUGCUUGAGUUUCGAAGACUUUUUUCAUUGCUCUCACGGUUCCAGACUUUUUUGAAAGUUUAAAGUACACUUUCCUCGACUACUAGGCUUUUUUAAGCUUUAAAAAAGCUCUUUAUUGAUUUUUUGGCCUUCAACGACAAGAACGUGAAAGGCCUAUCAGAUUGCUUUAUAGAGCUUUUCCUCGAGUUUUGAAGCCUUUUUUUAUUUUUCACGCGGUGUCUGAGCUUUUUGUAGACUUCCUGAACCUCUUUAAAGCUCUACAAGCUCCCUAUCGAUUACUAGGCCUUCUGGUAGAUUCAAAAGUGACGAUAAAAUGGAAGAUGAGUUCGAUUCCUACAUUCCCGUCUUUCAAAGCCCCGUUUUUGUUCUUGAUGUGGUUCUUAAGCUAACUGAAGGCUUCCUAGUCUUUUUUGAAGUUUCACAAUCUUUCCUAUCGAUUUCCUAGGCCUUCUUGUAGAUUCAAAACGACAAGAACAUGACAAGUGGAGCUAUCUCCAGUUGUGGAUCUGUGCUGCUGCCUGAGAGAUGCGUUGCAAAGGGGCCAAUUAGACUUGCGCGGGAUUCACCUUGAGAUCAUCCGCCUCUACACAGAUAUUACGCCGAGAUAUCAGUCCUUUUGCCGUCCCCGCAGCGUUUUUUUGCCCCUAAUAAGUCGUGAUACGGUAGGGAUUAGUUUGGCUGGCUUUAGGACAAAUAGACGUGAAGUUGUUCGAAAAAUAUUGUUCCAAGGAUUUUUUUAGAACCAGAAACUGAAUAUCAGUGAUGGUUCAAUCAAAAUAUUUGAUUAGAUUUGUGAAAAAAACUGCUUUUUGCUGAUUUUCGUACAGUUCGAUGCUCUAGACGUCUGAACCUCAAAAAAAAAUUUUUCAGUAAUCUGGGAAAUUGUCAAGUGGCCCACUAUAGAGGCUCGCCAAGGACUACUUGGAGAGGACGCUAAAGUGGUCACUAAACCCGCCUCUAUAAUAGCCACUAUUUUCCGUUUUAGUGGUCACUUCAGUAGUUUUUCAUCCAGUUUUCAUUCCAGUAACUUUGAUAAUUUUAAAACAAACAGAUUGGACCAGUUAUGUUGAUCCAUUGAUCCCUAAAGUGGCCACUAAAAUUUUUAAAGGUCUAGUAGUAGCACUUAGACCUCUAUAGUGGCCACUAAUUUUUAACGCCUUAAGUGGCCACUAGUUUGACUACUAUAAUAGCCACUAAAACUUCAAAACCCUAUGGUGACCACUUAUUUGGACCCCUCAAGUGGCCACUAAAACGUCAAAACCCUAAAGUGGUCACUAAAAAUUUUCCCGCUACAGACUUGAUUUUUUCUGAAUUUUUGAAAGGUUAUAUUUUUAAAGCACUUUUGAGACUCUUUUAGCUUUUUCAGAUUAACUUUUUGAAAUUCUGAAAAUGUCCGCAUUUUAAAGACGUUCAAAAAAAAAUCUAGUUAAAUUCCGAGAUUAUUCUGUCUUUUUUCUUUCUUCAAACUCAUAAGAGUUGUUUUUUUUUGAAUUAUAUAAUAAUAGCCGAACUUUACAAGCGUCCGCAUUCCCUAACUUUGCAUCUAAAAACAUGCAAAAAAAGAGCCGAAAUUUGAAUUUUCCCACACGAAAAAAGGGAACGUCCAAGUGCAUCUGAGGGUUACUGUAGCCGCCAUAAUCAAUCAUUGUCGUCGGCGCGACUUUUCCCUCCAAAAACGGUUCAAGAACGCCUUUUUGUAACAAAAACUUAGUUUCGAAUCUCCUGGCCUUCAAAACAAACCGUUUCGAACGUCUUGUCGCAAUCAAUUAAUUUUGAUUUUCGAGUCCCGUGAGGAAUGGGUUACUGUAGAAGGAGUUUUUGAACUUUCCUUUUCUACGAGAUAGAUUUUUUAAAGUGCGGAAGUUUGUAAAAAGCGAAUACUUUUAAUUAUGAAGGGGAAAAUUAGCUGUUCUCUUACAUAUUUCUAAAAGUGCAAAUCCAUUAAUAUUCGCAGAAUGUCACGAUUAUUUAUAAAAUUUUUCUGAAACAGGCAAGUUAGUUUUUUGAAAAUAUUUGACAAUCAAGCUUGAAUUUUUCAUUGAGCGAAACUGUAGUUCGAAAAGAGCCGAGAUAUUUGUAUUUUUUUGCGCUCCAUGGAUAAAUUAGGGGUUGUAAAGCUUCAAACUGAUGUUUUUUUUGAAUUUAUCAGAAAUUUUUUUUUUUGCAGUUUUCGCUAGUAUAAUUUUUCAGUAGUAGGAGACCCUAAAAGCUCAAAAAAAUUAUUUAUUUUUGGAAAAAAAUCGAGAAAAAAACAUCAUAUUCAGUUGAAUGGAUCAUUCUGAUGAAUUUAGUCCUUUUUUUCUCAAAAAAGUAUUUUUUUUGCAAAUUGAGUCCGCCAGAAUCUCCUCUAGCAUAUCAAAAAACAUUUUUGAGUGAUUUUCAAAAUUGGAAAUAACGUUAACCUUUCAGUAAGGUUCAAAAUCAAGUGAAAAUAUCCUCCGCAUUACGGUAGAUUGUCAAUGGCGCGCGAACGGCCCUCCCUGUAGGCUAAGGAAAAAAAAGGGUCGCGUGCCCCUUUCACACAAAGCUAAUAGAUAGCCAUCUGUGAUGGGGCGAAAUAAAACGACUUGCCGAUUUUCAAAUUUUACCUUUUGUUUUGUUCGAAUUGGGUUUCUCAAUGGAGCGCACAGGUGUCGUUCGUGUGAAGAGCCUGUUUUCGGGUUUUAUGGAAAGAAUUUUGGGGUCGAAGAGAAAGAUGUUGACUUUUUUGGUACGAUGCUCCACUUUACGCUCCAACUUACAGAUAUAACCGUCUCUAAAUUAGAUUUCGUUUUGAAAAAAAUUAUUGAAAUCAAAAUUUUUUUGAAAAAGUCUUUUGAAAAAUAUACCUCGAAAUGCAAAUUAGAUCGAAAAAAAUUGAAAAUUUUUCGUAACUUGGAAAAUUUUAAGUGGCCACUAUAGAGGCUCGCCAUAGACUACUUGGAGAGAGGACACUAAAGUGGCCACUAUUUUCCGUUUUAGUGGCCACUUCAGUAGUUUUUCAUCUAGUAUCCCUUCCAGUAACUCUGAUAAUUUUAAAACAAACAGAUUGGAUUAGUUAUUUUGAUCCAUUGACCCCUAAAGUGGCCACUAGAAUUUCUAGUUAUGUAGUAGUACCCCUUAGAACUCUAUAGUGGUCACUAACUUUUAACCCCUCAAGUGGCCACUAGUUUGACUACUAUAGUGGCCACUAAAAAACGUCAAAAACCCUAUAGUAGGCCACUCAAAUACCCCUUAUGGCUACUAAAAAGUCAAUAAACCCCAUUGCUUGUAAAAAAUUUUUCCCCAGGUACAAGUAAUUCCUGUAAAUAUACAGGUUUUUUUGCAGAGUCUCAGAAGCUGAAAUAUUUUUCAAAGAUUCUAAAAAUUUAUUUUUUUCAGAACAAACGGGCAAAACUGAAGAAAGCGACCGGCGAACGCCCAACUCUGAGCAUGCAACUGAUGGCCCAAGCGGCGUACGCCCAAGCAGCCGCCUUCGACCUUAAAAGGACCUUAAGUUAA